UUUAUAAAUGACUUAUUAUACGAUUUUGGAAACAGCUUUUUAUGAGAAAAGCCCGAUUUUAUUCGUUAAAACUAUUUUGUAUCGAUUAACUGAGGAUGAAUAAAUAAUAAAAGUAAAUUUACAUAAUUAUUAUACGACGAUAGUUAUUACAAACUAUUAUUGAAAAUGGCCUUACGCGCACGGGCGAAUGUGAUUUAGUACGCGCCGGGUCAUCCCAGAGGGUGGACGUAUCGCUCAUUUCCCGCGCGUCUAAAAGUUGAUUGACCUUACGUACGACCGAGGUUCAAAAGGAGUAUAGUGCGUCAUUGGAUUUGAUACUUAAGUAAGUAAAAUUUCUAGUUAAUGUUUCUUUCGAGUUGUCAUAUCGCAAUUUUGCUAAAAAAUAAUAUUAUUACAGGCAUGGGUAACAAACGCAAAAAAUAUAGUUGCAGUAGAAAUGCGACGUCUGCAGCGAACGCCAGGCAAUCAAAAAGGAGAAAGAUUAACGAGGAAAAAAACCAACGUACUCAUGAAUCUCCUGACAAUAACGACUCCUGUGUUGAUUCAAAAAAUAAUAAUCGUGACAAUGAAUUAUUUGAUGCACUCAUAUCGGAUCUGGAAAAAAUAGAUGAGAAAAAACAAAAUAUACAUUUAGAAGAAACGGCAAAUAUUGAAGAGUUUGAAUUGGAAGUGGAGCCACAAAAACAUAUCAUUCCUCCAUAUCAAAUUAUAGGAAGAAGGAUUGUUGAUUUCAUGUAUUUCUUUGAUCAAAUCAAAAUUGUAGCUAACCAUAAUCCUGGACUCGGUUGUUCAAUAAGUAAUGUUGAAAUUGUCAAAGAAAUACUUAAUGGCUUAGAAUCGACAAUCCACUUCAAAUGUACAAUGUGUAACAAGAAAUUUAAUGUCACACUAUGCAAUGAUAAUUUUCCAAAAGAGAUGACCACAAACCAUGCUGCAGUGACUGGUGCCAUGUUAAUUGGUUGUGGUUGGAGCAACCUGAAUGAGUUUUUGAGUGCUAUAGAUCUUCCAAAUUUAGGUCAAAAAUCUUAUGCAACUUGCCAUAAUGACGUAUCCAAGUGGUGGGCAGUUGCUGCAGAGGCAUCAAUGAAAGAGGCUGCUGAGGAGGAAGCAAAGCUAGCCAUCGAAGGUGGUGAAGUUAUAACAGGAAUUCCUUCAAUCACAGUAGUAGCCGAUGCUUGUUGGUCGAAACGGUCCUACAAAAGUAACUUUUCUGCACCUUCUGGAGCAGGCGCAAUUAUUGGAAUUAAAACAGGGAAGGUGUUACAUAUGGAAGUAAAAAAUAAAUGCCCCUAAAAAGGUGUACAUCUUUUAACCCUCGGGAAGUCUGCGAAAAGAAAUUGUGUCUUUUUGCUGUGUGGACUGGUCAACAAUUUCCACUUAAAGUGGAAGUAAUAUCAAGGGACGAGGGUUUUUGGUGCCAAAAAAUGAAACCGAAAUUAAUCAAUUUCUACGAAAAGUGCCUCUUACCUGAAUAUAUCGACCCCAGGAAAAGCCGGUCGAUGCCAAUCAGGAGCACUUGUUUGUAAAUAAUAAAAUCUAAAAAUGUAA